CACCAGUUAACACCACAAAGCGCAUAGUCUCGUCUCCCGAUUCGGCUUUGAUUUUUUCUAAAUCUAAGGCUGUGCUGUGUGGCUUUGUUACGAUAUAUUUUUGGUAGUGUUUGGAUUUUUGAUACUACAGCCUCUGUUUACAUUGAAAUUGCAAAGAAAAGAAUUGGGCAGUAUAGACACGAUAAAAAUGGAACGCAAGGCCCCGAGAUCAACGUUCACCAACUCGGCCCGCGGCACGAAGCCAUACGCGAGACCGGCGACGGCGACGGCCACGCCUCAGCGAGCAGCGCAAAGGAAUGAUGAGAGCGGCGCGACGCCUACGCGGACACCGGGUGGAAGUAUUUUCUCAAAGAUCUGGACGAUGUUUACGCCUGGCAGGAAUCCACAGCAGCAGGAUGGAGAAGAGGAGACGGCGGAAGAUGGGCUGGAAUCAGGUGCGGUAGAAGACGAGACUGAGAAAUCGACCGACGAGGGAAGCACGGCAAAGCCUUCUAAAUUGCCAUACCUAUUCUCGCCCGCGCAACCGCGUUCGUACCAGCAGUUUACCACGCCAUCUGCGAACCCUCCGUCGCCGUUCAGAUUCAAUCCAGAAGAGUCUGCGACACCGGUAGCGAGUCGUCCGUCGCGGGGAUUAGAGUCGCCGUCCGCCUCGUCGCCAACUCAGAAGCUGGAGAAGUUUUUCCGCAUAAAAGGCAAUGAACCGUUGUCGGAGAUCGAAACGGAAGGCGUGCUGGCGUUGAUACGCCAGGCGGCCGAAGAGGCGCAAAAAGAGCAGAACGGAAAUGCGGAUGAGAAGGCGAAAACCAGCGGCUCGCCCUUGGCUACAGAGAUCUCACAGCCGCGCGAGCAGACGCCGCCAAUGUCGGUAGCUGAGCGCCUGUAUCCUUCCGUGCCGACGUUUGCGACUCCUUCUCGUCGCCGGCCGUUGGUGCUGGAGUCGCAGACUGUGCGCGCGCCGCGGUAUAAUCCGAUCCUGACGCCCCAGAGACGGCGAGCAAUGACGCCUACUCAUAUUCGCCCGCGCGAGGUCGAGCUGCCGUCGCACUCGACACCGUUCAGAGCUCGUACACCUAGAGCUACUAGCGCAUCCACUCCGGCGAUUUCCUCGCCUUCGUCGACUUCUCCGCGAGCUUUAUCAGAAAGUAAAGAGACUGCUGGUGCCACUGCCGCCGCCGCCGUUGUGCCCGCGCCUACUCCGAAGCGAAUCUCGACGACAGCGAGCACUCUGUUGUCACUAAUCAGUCCUGUUGGCACAUCGCAGGAAGUCGCGGCGGCGAUCGAGGAAGACCGCGAGCGCGUGAUCGACCCUGCGCUCCGUCCGUUCGUGAACCCGUACGCUGCCUCGGGCACGAUUCAUCGGACGCCCAAGCGUGCGAAGAGGAAGGAGUCCGUGCUGGGACUGAGCGCGAGCGUGCAGCGAAAGCGCACGAAUACGAGCGAGACGCCGGUGGCGAAGAGGAGUGCGAUUGAGGAGAUUGAGCGGACGAUGCCGAGCGAGGAGAGGGCGUCGGUGUCGGCGUUUGAGAAGGCUGUUUCGACGGCUACGCCGGUGAAGGCGCCGGUGGCUGAGAGUAGCCCGCUGACGACGCUGGAGAAGAUAGAGAGGGAACCUGACGAGGUCCCUGCGGCUGUGGGGGUGAAGGAUACGGAGGCAAAGACGACGACGCCGCCGCCUGCGUUUUCGUUUGACAAGUUUAGGCCUUCGAAAUCGUCUAGUCUGCGUGAGAGCGUGGUGAUGAGUCCACCUCAGAGCCCGACGAAGAAGGAGGAGAAGAAGGCGGAGGAGAAGAAGACAGAGACGACCGAAUUCAAAGUUACACCUCUUCCCGGAUUCAGUGGUCCACCCAAGAUAACAGCUACUGCAGCUGCUAUUCCUGUUACGGCAGUGAGCAAACAACCUGAACCAGAAGUUGAGAUUGAGCGAACACAGGAGCAGGCUAAGGCGCUGGCGACGAUGGAUUACAAGGCCUAUGUCGGGAGGUUUUUCUUUUACCCAGUCCAGCGCGCGGAGGGACAGCAGAGUGCGAGUGAGAAGGCGCUGGAGGCGCAGGAGUUGCUGUAUAGCACGUACAAGAUGAAGUAUAACUUCACGGCUUAGAGCAAGUAAUAAUAAACCAAUAAUUUCAC